GCAGAGAAUUGAACAUAUUAUAAAAGGGCCCCACAAUCACCACCAAUAAUUGAUCAUUCUCUAUAUCCUCUCUGUAUUCUUGCUGGCACUCCCCCCUUUCUCUCUCCUCCCCCUCUUCUUCUCUCUUCAUCUUCCCCUGUUUUUCUUUCCCCCAUUUUCCCCAAUCCAUUCCUCUGUUCCUUUCUAUCACUAAAAAAAAAUUCCUUAAACCCUAAAACCAAAAACCCUUUUUUUAUAUGAAAUCAAUAUAAAAAAUUCAUAAAAAAUAUGUCAAUCAAACAAUAUUAUUAUUAUUUUAUAGUAUGGUUUUUUAUAACCAUCAUAGUAAAAGCAGAAACUGGUUCAAAAUCAAUAUACCAAGUAUUAGAAUCCAAAGGAUUACCUUCUGGGCUUUUCCCAAAAGGGGUUACAAAUUAUACAGUUGAUGAUGAUGGGAAUUUUGAGGUUUAUUUAGAUCAAGCUUGUGAUGCUAAAUUUGAGAGUGAAAUACACUAUGAAAAGAAUGUUUCUGGGCAGCUUAGUUUUGGGCAGAUCGGAAAUUUGUCGGGUAUUUCUGCUCAAGAUCUGUUUUUAUGGUUUCCGGUUAAAGAAAUUCGGGUCGACAUACCAAGUUCUGGUGUUAUUUAUUUUGAUGUGGGUGUUGUUUAUAAACAAUUCUCUGUUUCUUUAUUUGAAACACCGAGAGAUUGUGUUGCUGCUACUCAUCCUCUUGAAGUUUUGAAACCUUCACCUAUCAUUGCCAAUGUUCUUGCUAAAAAAUUGGAAGGAAUUCUACGGUAUAGCUUGAAUUGGUGGAAGAAUAUUGCAGAAGAAGUUAUGUAGAUUUUUUCCAUAAGUUUGUGGAACAAAUUCAAUCAAGUGUGACUGGGUCUUAAUUAGAAGGAUUUUCGGUUAAUAGAUGUGUGUCUAUGAUCCAGUGUCCUUUGCUUGCAGUUUUCUGUAUAUUCAACGACAGAGUGUUGGCGAACUAGUUCUUAAUCUUCUUUGUCUAAAUCAAUUUUGGCCGUUUGAAGAAUUUUUGAUUAUCGAGUAAAUAUGGGGAAGAAAUCAAUCAAGGAGACCUCGAAAUCGCAACAACGGAAUGAGAAGAGCAAAAUGUUAGUUGCGGUUCGCUCAAUCGUCUUGCCAAAGAUUGAUCUGUAUGUUUACAAAUUCUUAAGCUCAUUGAGCAGAUGUUCAUUCUAAGUCUCCUCAUUGUAGUGUCAAUAUUUAGUUCUUGAGAAAAUAAAGUUUAUACAUGAAUCAUAAUCAUCUUUAUAGUAGUUAUAAUAAUGAAGUAAAUGAAUAAGUAUGUAGAUCAUUCUUGUGCAAUUCUAUUCAUUUUGAUUCCAUAUCAAUAAGAAACAAGCUCUUUGAUGUUCUUUGUA